UUCAUCUGCUUCCGCUUUAAGUGCUUCUACUUUAAGCGCUUCUGGAGUGUCGUUGGAGCUGUGGCACGCCUGUGCUGGCCCCCUCAUAUCUCUCCCGAAGAGAGGGAGUGUGGUGGUGUACUUUCCUCAGGGUCACUUUGAACAUGUCUCAGAUUAUUCCGCCGCAUCUUCCGCUCCUUGAUCUUCCUCCUCACGUGUUUUGUCGCGUUGCUGAUGUCAAACUCCAUGCGGAGGCUGCAAGUGAUGAGGUUUACGCGCAGGUCUCUCUGGUUCCUGAAACCGAGCAAACUGAGAAGAAGUUGCUAGAAGGGAAAAUUGAGGGGCAUGGGGAGGAGGAUGUUGAGGUGGCUGCGAAGUCUUCGACACCCCACAUGUUUUGCAAGACCCUUACUGCUUCUGAUACUAGCACUCAUGGAGGCUUUUCUGUACCUCGUCGGGCUGCAGAGGACUGCUUCCCUCCCCUGGAUUAUAGUCAACAGAGGCCUUCACAAGAGCUUGUAGCGAAGGAUCUUCAUGGCCUGGAAUGGAGAUUUCGACACAUUUACAGGGGACAACCGCGGAGGCACUUGCUGACUACUGGAUGGAGUGCAUUUGUUAAUAAGAAGAAGCUUGUCUCUGGAGAUGCGGUGCUUUUCCUGAGAGGUGAAGAUGGUGAAUUGAGGUUGGGAAUACGAAGGGCAUCUCAAGUAAAAAGUGGUGCUGCUUUUCCAUCUUCGUGCAGCCAGCAGUUGAGUCACAGCACUAUCACGGAUGUGGUUAGUGCUAUAUCAAUGAGACGUUCUUUCAGCGUUUACUACAAUCCAAGGGGUAGUGCAUCAGAGUUCAUAAUCCCUGUCCAUAAAUUCUUGAAGAGCCUUGAUCAUCAUUUUUCUGUUGGAAUGAGAUUCAAAAUGCGUUUUGAAACGGAAGAUUCUGCAGAGCGAAGAUGCACUGGACUAAUUACUGGAAUCAGUGAUGUAGAUCCUCUUAGAUGGCCUGGUUCAAAAUGGAGAUGCCUAUUGGUUAGGUGGGAUGAUAGUGAGGCUAACGGGCACACAAGGGUUUCUCCUUGGGAAAUUGAGCAAUCUGGUUCUGCUGCUAAUUCCAAUAGCUUGAUCACACCUGGUUUGAAGAGAACCAGGAUGGGAUUGCCUUCAGGGAAACCAGAUUUUCCAGUUCCUGAUGGAAUUGGAGUACCAGACUUUGGGGAAUCUUUGAGGUUCCAGAAGGUCUUGCAAGGUCAAGAAAUUUUUGGUUUUAAUGGUCUUUAUGAUGGUGUUGAUAUUCAGAAUCUGCAGCCAUCUGAAAUCAGGAGGUGCCGUCCUGGUUCAAAUGGACCUGGGAUUGCUGCUACAGGAGAUGGUAUCAGCAACCUUCAUGUAAAUUCUGAUAUUUCCUACAAAGGCUUGGGCUUUGGUGAAUCUUUUGGAUUCCGUAAGGUCUUGCAAGGUCAAGAAAUUAUUCCCCAGUCUCCAUAUGGAAGAGCACCUACUGUUAAUGAGGCUCAUGGUAAUGGCUGUGUUGGAAUCAGGAAUGGUGGUCAGAUGCUAGGUUCAAGAAAUGGAUGGUCUUCUGCAAUUCAGGGUUAUAGUACUCAUAUGAGCCCCCCUGCACCUUCUGUACAAGUCUCAUCACCAUCUUCAGUGUUGAUGUUCCAGCUGGUAAAUAAUCCGGUUCCAAACUAUAAUCCUCCUCUUCAUAGCUUGAAUGAUCAGAAGGGGCCACGAAUUGGCAAUCACAGUGUUUUUCAUAGUUCUGAAACAUAUGGGCAAAAGCAAACAUCAUCUUCACCUUAUGAGCAUAGUUUCAGGGGGGAUGAUCCAGGAGGCUUGAAUUCUUUAGGCCAGUCAAAUGAGCAUAUUCAACUUGGGAUGUCACGUCCUCUUGCCCCUCAAACAGCAUGUAGGGGAGGUCAAGAUAUAGUUUCCUCAUGUAAAAGUAGCUGCAGACUCUUUGGCUUUUGUCUGACCGAGGAAAGACAUGUUGCUACUGUUGAGGACAACACAGCUCCAGCUACAUCUCAGUUGAAUCCCAGAGCUUCACUUCUUCCUCAUGUUGGAGAGCAUUUCCAUCCAAAGCCUCCAAUGAUGACCAAGGCAGUUGGAAACAACUGUACCAAUGGAAUCAUCCAGUGUGUUGGAAAUUAUGAUAUAUACUAAUGAAGAUGCCAGUAGUAAGCACCUGAGUUUGCAGAAGAAAAAUGUGCCUCAAGUUGCUCUAAUUAUACGUGUGCUGUAACUGAUACAAUUUAGCUUGAGAGAAAAAAAAAAAAAAAAAAAUUGUAAUUAUUCUUCUGAAGUAACUUGUUGAUGCUUAACUUCUUUGGGUAUAACAAUUUGUAUUAACCUUGUAAAAGUUCCUAGUGAUUCCCGGAUUUGAAUACCAGUACUGUAAUCAAACUUAAAAGGGUAUUGCAUAGAUGCUUUUGUGAUACCCUUUAUGAAAUUCCGAAGGUAUUGUUUGUUUUAUUC